AUGGGCGAUCUGCUUCGACUUGACCCUCACCCCACUGCUCGGAAUGCUGCCGUUGCAAAAACUCCCAUCAAAGCUGGAUCUACGAUCAUGUCCGUCCCGGCUUUCUCGACCUGUCUUCUACUCACGGAAAAAGGAAGGAGAUGCGAUGGAUGCUAUAUGCUGAAGUCGGAAGCAGUGGAGCUUAUGAGAUGCUCUGGGUGCGCCUCGUCCUGGUACUGUGGAACGACAUGUCAGAACAGGGAGUGGAGGCUCCAUCACAGGAAGAUGUGCAAACAUUACAAUGCCUUUGUGGCUUCAGGACAGUACCAAGCGUUGACACCCCAUGACAAAGUGGAUGCCAUACUCCUCUCCCAACUGGUCGCGGAUCCUGAGGCCUGGGGGACGGAUAGACUCACUGAUGCCGGACGCACCUUCUUGAACCUCCUGAAGGUUCCGAGGUUAGAUGGCUUUGUGCCACCUCUAUGCCUAUCGAGAGCUGCUCAGACGGCUGGGACAGUCGCACUCGCUGAGGAUCUCUACUCGCGCUUUGGCAACAAUAACUUCAUCCUGCAUUCCCACCUCACUUCCUAUGCCCAUGGCGUGUUCCCACUCGCGAGCCGUCUUCUCAAUCACUCAUGCGUCCCGAAUGCGGCUUGCAAGUACAUGCUCGCACCUUCGGAGCCGGUGAGGAUGGAAGUCGUCGCCUUACGUGACAUCAAUGAAGGAGACGAGGUCACAAUUCCAUAUCUGGAUCCGGCUCUUCCAUUUCAAACGCGCCAGGAUGCGCUGCACGUGAAUUACGGGUUCGAGUGUGGCUGUAGGUUGUGCACCUUCGAGCGCCGCAUCGAGCGCGUCCCCACACCACCCAUGAGAGGCGCCGAGGAGUUAAGAACGUUAGAUGCGGCCCUCCGCUCUUUCUCCCUCGGGGACAUCAGCCAGGAUGUACAGGUCCCGACAGUCCCUGGAUCGUUUGAGCGGCUGCCGGCAGUGCUUCUUCCCGUCCUGCACGAGUCGUACCUCCCAGCCUUGUCCGAGGCAUUCAGCAAAACUUCGCACGAAGGACCAUACUCAGAGGCCAUAGACAGCGGACUGACGCUGCUGGCGUUUUACGUGAUGCUAUAUCCCCCGAACUACCCACAGAUUGGUAUGCACGCGCUUGAGCUAGCCAAAACUCUGUGGAAUCUAACCUGCACGGAUGCUAGUGCAAUGGCAGGUGCGGACGAGGAGCAGUUGAGAAGGCACGCUAAGACCGCGCUUGAUUUCGCGGCGUCAGUUCUGCAGAACUUCGGUCCAGAGGGAGAUAAUGGAGGGCCGCUGGAGGAAGUUAGUGUAUUGACAGGAAUGUUAGCAGAGCAAUGA